AUGGUCAAACACCAAGGAGAUGGUGAUGAUGUUGAUGAAUUUGAUUUGCCAAAAAUGGAUUUCAAGAAAAUUACAAAUUCCUUCAGGCAAGAUAAAUCCAUAUUCAAUGGUGAUAUUAGUGCCACAUGGUUGCAUUCCACUUAUGAUGUUUUAUGUUGUGCAUUGAGAAUUAGAAUGCUUAUUAGAGGUUUGAUCACAAGUGCAUGUCCAGAAGGGAUGCUAUAGGGACAAUGGACAACUUUGCCCAUGAAGAAGCGACAUACUAUUGCUGAGCUGUUAAACAAGAACUCAAAUUUGCUCAAACUUGAACUCAACAACAAUUUUAUUGAUUAUUGUGACUGUUGAAUGUACUCGCGUCGUUAUCCAAUAUAGCAUCUUACUUUCAUUUGCUUAUUCUAAUUUUUUAAAAUUUUGUAAUAUUUUUCCUUUUUAUACCAUCAUACUUACAAACUACGAUGUUAUUGUAGAUAAAACUUGAUUACGAAUGAACUUUUUCUAUAUCCCAUUUUAUAU